AUAACUCCACUCUUUUCCCCGCACGUUAAAUCCCCACAUUCUCUUCUUCCCAUUCCCUCUCGAUUCUCCAUUUUUUCCGAUCAUCCUUUUUCUCUCCGACGAUGGCGUCUCUCAAGGUCCACUCCGGAGCGGCGACGUUCGUUCACGGCAAUCGAGCGUUAAUUCGGCCCAAAUCCAACCCGGUUCGCCUGAACCCUAACCAAAUCUCCCAGAAAAACCAAAUUCAUCGAGUUUUCGCGUCCUACUCGUCGCCGCCGUGCGAUCGGCCGCUGGUGCGGCGGGAUCCGGCGCCGAUUGCGGUGCCGGACGGAGGAGAAGAUGUCGGCGGGGACAAAAUCGCGGCGGAGAAGCUGGACCGUUGGAUGCGGGGAUCCGUGGCGGAAAUCGUGAAGAACUUGACGAGAGCGCCAUUGCUAGUUCAAGUGUACUCCGACGGCGGCGGCGAGGAGGACAACGCCGAGGUCAGAGCUGAGAGGGCGGUCGUCGAGGAGUGGCCGGCGGUUAAGGGCGAAUGGGAGAGCGGCGAGAGACGAUCCCCCGACGGACUCAUCUUCGUCGAAGAGCUCAGAGAUGACGGCGUUAACGACGAAGAACAAGAAGAAAGUUUUAACGGCGUUAACAGCGAAGAAGGCAACGAAACGGUUACGCGCGCGUGGGGGAUAGUGGUUCAGGGAAGAGGCGCCGAGUGCGGCCCGGUUUGUUACCUCUUGAAGACGAGCAAAGUCGGCGCCGGAAUCGGAAUGGGAGCUUUCUGUACCCAUUUUUGUCUGGUGAGAGUGAAGAGUUUCAGGGAAAGUGCUUUUUGCCAGUUCAAGAAUUGCUGGCUGCUUCAAUGAUCAUAUAUUCAUAUUCUUCCCCAAAUCCCAGUUUUCUCAUGAUUGCCAUUGAUCAUCUAAUCAUUCAAUAUAUAGUUUUGUAUAAAGAUGAUGGAAAUUGUAUAGCAAAUUAGAAUUCUUUACUUCACAUAAUCACAUUGCUUCUUGAUUCAUUGUUGCAAUUGCAUAAGAAUCAAUUACAACAUUAAUUGCCAUUAUUAAGAGCUAAUAAACUUGUAACUAUCAUCAAAUAAUAACUUGUAGUAUUGUUUAGCUA